AUGACAGUCGUUCCGCCCCCUCCAACCCCCUACGGCAGCAGCAACAGCCGCCAGCAGCAGCAGCAGAAUGGGGUUCAUCCCUCCCCACGGCAGGGGCUGGCUGGCCGCAAGGCUGCCCCCCCUAGCGCCUCUCUCACUUUUUCAGAGCUGCAAAACCAUCAGCUGGUGAAGCUGGCAAGACGCACUUGGCUGCAGCAACAGGAGCAGCAGCAGAUUGUACAUGUGGACGCCGGCCCCCACCUUGUGGCUGCUGCAGCGGAAAAGGAAAAAGCAGCAAGAGCGGCAAAAGCUAAAGCCCAAGAUGCCCAUGAGGCCCUCAAAGCCCUCAAAGCCAAAGAACCCGACCAGCAACAACAGAAGGAGUUGCAACGACAGCAGCAGGCCGUGGCUGUGGCGGAGAAGCGUGCUGCUGCUGCUGCUGCUGCUGCUGCUGCUGCAGCAUCAGCAAAGCGGUCGUGGGAAUCACGCGAGGAAGCGAGACGCACCCGAGGCAUUAGCGGCAGCAGCAGCAGCAGCAGCAAGACACCAGCGCUGAUAGCUGAUGUGUAUAGACAGCUGCGGCGGGGGGGAUUCUCUGGAGCUGCCCUGCAGGCACUAGAACAUACGCAUUACCUCGAGGCACUCCUGUGGCCGUCGUUCAACAGCAGACCAGCAGCUGCUGCAGCAGACGGGUCUGGACCAGGAGCAACAAAGGCAGAUGCAGCAGAAGAAGCAUCAUUGGGGGCAGGAACCACUCAGCCUGCUCACUUGCUGAGUAUAUGCGCUUUGCUUGUGAGUUCGGGUGCGAGGGGGGGAGAGAUGUUGCUGCCGCUUCAGCGCCAACCUAGACAGCUGCGUGCUCUGCUGCAACUCGAAGCCCCGAGGGCUCUCUCACAGCAGGAGGAGGAGCAGCAGCAGCAGCAUCAGCAGGAAGAGGACGACGAUCUGCCUGCUGAAUUCCUCGAUGCCAAGGUGAAGGUCCUCUUCUAUAGGCUCUCCAUGCUCCUCGCAACCUCUCAGCUACCAAACAAGCAACAGCGACAAGAACAACAGCAGCAGUCGCAGGGUGAAGGUGACACGGAGAACGAGGACAGCGCGGUUAUCGAGGCGCCAAAUGGCGGCAGCAGCAACAACAGCAGCGGGAAACCGGUGUAUGGGAGCGACAGUCGGAGACAACCUCCUUUGGGGGACUGUGUGGUGGUCUUGUCUGCUGAGGAGCAGCAGCUGCUGCUGACGUUCUUUGUGCGUGCCUUUCAAGGCCUAGAAAAUGGUCUGUUGCGGCGGCUUUGUCUUGCCGUCUGUGGCCCCUGCUGCUUCGCGAGGCUGCCCAAGUCUGCGCUGCAGCAGCUUCUGCAACGCAGCGCUGCAGCAGCGCUGCUGUGGAAGCGUGCGCAGAAACGACUUAUGCCGCUGCACCAGGCAGCAGCUGCUGCUGCGGCUGGUGGCUCCGCUGCAGAGAUUGUGGAGCCCGAGCAGCGGGAGCAGCUGCAGCAGAUAAUGCUAGAUCGAGAUUUUAUGUUCGUCCUCAUGAGAAAAUUUGUUAUCCUAGCUGAGGACGAAUGCGGGGCUUAUGGGCGCAAUGAGGUUCCGCUGUCUCUAGUUUUAUUGUUAGAGAGGAUGCUGGAGCUGUUUGUUGAUCUCCUGGCGCAACUUCCAACACGCCGCUGUUUGCUGCCGCUGCUACAACAGCAGCAGCUGGCCGUCCGGGCCGAGCGCAGCGCAGCAGCGGCAGCAACAGAGGCAGGGGUGCUGAGGCAGCUGCUGCAGCAACUUUUCUUCUACGAGCGCUUCGAGAUUGAUGAUGACACAGGCCGUCCGCUUGGGGCUACCGCCUGUACAGCCCGCCACUACGAUCGGGUUGAGGCCUUUCAGCGGCGCUGCUUCGAGCUGGGAGGAGGAGGAGCAGUAGCAGCAGCAACAACGCCUGCAGCAAAUGCUGCUCUUGCAGACGCAGCGCUGCAGCCAAUAUCGUCCAUCGAUGAUUGGCGGCGGCUGCAGCAGCUGCUGCAGCAGCAAGAGCUGCUCACGCUGCUCGACUUGUGCGUACACCUCCACCUGUUGGACCCUCUGCAGCUGCCCGGUGUUGCGGAGCCGCCGGCUGAGGCAGCAGCAGCAGCGGCAGCAGCAGCAGCCGCGGGCGCGCGACAGCUCGCAGCAGCUGCUGCAGACAGCCGCAAACGCAGCAAGAAUUGGGUGCGUGAGCACCUCGUUGCAGUGCUAGUUAGGGCACUCCAGAGAGAGGCAGAUCAGCUCCAGCAGAUCAACAGUCAGCCAAUCUACCCAGAUGAACUCGAACUGUGGAAUGAAGUGGUGCUGCCGCCGCAGCAGCAGCAGCAACAGCAACUGCAGCAGCAGUCCCUCGCCCUCCCCAAACUCAAUCUCCAAUUCUUGACAGUCCACGACUACUUGCUCCGGAACUUCCGCCUCUUCAGGUUGGAGUCAAUCUACGAAAUAAAAGAAGAAAUAGAAGACGCCCUUUGGCGCCUCAGACCCAAGAGAAAGCUUUCAACAAAUGCGGUUGCUUCUGCUUAUCCAGCAGGAGCAGGGGAGGAGGACCUGCUGCUGCAGCAGCCCGAAGCAGCAGAGUACUUGGGAGGAGAAACCGUCUUCGAAGGCUCCUGCAGAAUGGCACUCAAACUUGAACGGUUUACAGUCGUAUCCGUGGAACCUCCUAAGGUAGGAGAGCAGUUUCCUGCUGCAGUGCACGCAGAGCUGGUGUACGACUUGGGAGGCUGCGCCUCCCAAGUGCGAAGCGAAUGGGAUGCGCUGGGCAAGCAUGACGUCGUCUUCUGCUUGUCAGUCGCGCCUCCGCUGCAGCCGCUGCAGCAACACCCUGAAGGGCUGCCUGCGGCAACAGUGCGCGAAGGCUUCGGAAUCAUGGCUGUCAGGGGUGCGGAAGUGGUGGAAGUCCUUGACCAAGAAGGCGUGUGCAUCUCCGAACCAAAUCCUCUCAAUCCUCACAAGCCCGUGGGGACGUCGCGGACGAUGCGGGUCUUGCUGGACAGCUGCGCAUACACCCGAGACUUGCAAGACUUGAAGGAGGGCGGGGUGUCUGCACUGCAUGCACAGAUGAACGUGUUGCUGCGUCGCAGUGCUCGUCAGAACAACUUCAAAGGCGUGCUGGAAACGAUUCGUUGUCUGAUGAACAACACCGAGGACUUGUUAGUCCCUCCGUGGCUGCAAGACAUCUUCCUGGGCUACGGCGAACCCUCGGGCUGUCUGUAUACCCGGCUUGACAGUCGCCUACCGUUGCUCGACCUUCGCGACACCUUCCUAGACUUGCAGCACAUCAAGGAAUCAUUUCCCUUCGCUGCCAGCCUCCAGCUGCCUCCUGAACAAGUUGAACCCGCCAAACCCCCCUACUACAAACUCGAAUUUACACUCCCAAACGGCAGCAACAAACCCUCGUCAACUUCCGAUGCUGCAGACCCUGCUGCUGCUGCUGUGGGGAUCGACCCGCUUGAUGCCACGCGGUCUCAUAUUGCGGUGUCGCGCUACACCUUGUCGAGCUAUGGGCCGUACAAGGAAUGUGAACGCAAGAGAAACAAAAUUAGAUUUACCCCCGCCCAAGUGCGCGCGCUGGUUUCGGGGCUGCAGCCGGGGUUGACUCUGAUUUUGGGACCACCAGGGAGUGGCAAGACUGACACAGCAGCGCAGCUGGCGAGUUUGUUGUACCAUGCAAACCCCAACGAAAGAACAGUGCUGGUUGCGCAUUCCAAUGCAGCGCUUAACGACCUCUUCAGGAAGGUAGCUGCCCUGGAUGUCGACGAGACGCGCCUUCUUCGGCUUGGUAGGGGCUCGGCGGACCUCCAGCAGCAGCAACGCACACUCUGGCAGCAGCAGCAGCAGCAACGCGACGACCUGCUUCUGCCCCUAGAAGGCUGCGACGACGUCGAAGACUUUUCCUUCUCGAAGCACGGCAGAGUCAAUAAGGUGCUCGAGAGAAGAAGGCAUCUGCUGCAACAGGUUGCAAAACUCGGCGAAUGCAUUGAGGGGGAACUUGCUGCUGCUGCAGCGGCAGCUGCGGCUGCUGCUGCUGCUGGUAACAGCAAAAGCUCAGCACCUCCUGUUUCUGUAUCUGUGGGAGACGUCAGCUCCAGCUGUGAAGCAGCACUGCAGUUCUUCCGCUACCACAUUGAGUUCAGAAAGGAAAGAUACACAGCAGUACUAGACAAUAUCAGGCGGCUGCAGCAGCAGCAAGAACAGCAGCAAGAUGCAGUACGCAAGAAGGUGGAGGCAGCAAUCGAACGGUACGAACAAGAAAGAGGUAGCAGAAUACUCAUUAUGCUCCCAAUCAGCCUCAAAAAGCCAAGCCCAGGAAUCCAACAGGAACAGCAGCAGCAGCAGGGUGAACAAGGGGGCAAGCGUCUAACCGCAGCACCUGCGGGGAACAGCCGUAAGAAACGCAGGCAACAAAACCAGGCGGAAGUGGGGAAUGAGCAGCAAUCGGCCGAUCAGCAGAAUGAGGAACAAGAAGAGGAAGAGGAAGAGGAGCAUCAGCAACAGCAGCUGGAGAGUGAAGCAGAAACGCAGGAGUUUGGCGAGAAGUCUUCAGUACCAGAAGCUCUUUUUGCUGUUGAUGUAGCGACAGCACACUACGAGUACGGGAAGAGUUUCGAGGAGUUACUGUUCCCGUUCACCUCCUUCUUCAGCGACGCACCGCAGCCGCUCUUUCCAGGAGAAGCAGCAGCAGACGCAGCAGUUGCGGAGAGUUGCUUCCGGUACAUGGACCAGAUGCAGCAGCAGCUCCAGGACUACAGGGCAUUCGAACUUCUCAGAACUGCUGGAGACAGAGCAGACUUCCUUUUGACGACCCAUGCGCGGAUGGUGGCGAUGACGUGCACGCAUGCGGCGAUAACGCGGGAGCGUUUGGUGGAGUUGAAUUUUACUUUUGACUCGUUGAUUAUUGAAGAAGCCGCUCAAAUUCUGGAAGUUGAGACCUUCAUCCCGAUGCUGCUGCAGAAAGCAGCCGAUAAAGCCACGCGAUUGAAACGCGUCGUGCUGCUGGGGGACCACCACCAGCUUCCCCCCAUUGUCAAACACAUGAGUCUGCAACGCUUCUCUCACCUGGACCAGUCACUGUACGAGCGCUUUGUGCGCCUGGGGGUUCCUUGCAUAACUCUGGAUGGGCAGGGUCGAGCGCGUCCUGCGUUGGGGCGUCUGUACAGCUGGAAAUAUCCUUCUUUGAAGGACUUGCCGGUGGUGCAGAAUAGUGCUAUCUUCCGAGCACCCAACCCUGGACUGUCAUUUGUCUGUCAGUUCAUUGACGUGCCUCCUUACAAAGGACGAGGAGAGAGUUGCCCUCUACCACACUUUUAUCAGAACUUGGGAGAGGCAGAGUACCUUGUAGCGCUGUACAUACAUCUCAGACUCCUCGGAUACCCCCGCGAGCGCCUCGUCGUCCUCACCACUUAUAACGGCCAGCUCGCUCUUCUUCAAGACGUGCUGCAGCAGAAAUGCGCCUGGAAUCCCGUCAUCGGACUCCCACGGGCUUUUUUCCAAUAUGUCCCCGUUGUCAAUUGCAUUCGCUGCCUUUCGUUUGCCUUUGAUCGUUUACUUUUCUUUGGCCCUCUGUGGGUUGAGGAGGGACUGUUUGUGUCUGUUUGCUCUGGUUUUGCAUUCAUGUCUUCUAUGCUCUUUUACCUGUCAUCAUUUCUUUCUUUCUUUCCCCCUGCAGAUGUUCUUUUGUCUCUCGUACGCACAAAUCGCGUCGGCCAUCUACGAGACGUCCGCCGCCUCAUCGUCGCCGUCAGCAGAGCCAGACUCGGUUUAUACGUCUUCGGCUGCUGGCCGCUGUUCAGCAACUGUGUUGAGCUGCUGCCUGUCUUCCGUCGGUUUGCUCAACAGCCACUGCAGUUGUCGCUGCAUUUGGAAGAGACCGACUUUAGAGAGACUCUCCGACUUCACACGGAGGCAUUUGACAAUCAAAAGCAGCCGCCACCUCGGGGUCCUGUUACAUACAUCAGUGGAGUGGACGAGAUGCAGCAGUUAGUACAGCAGCAUGCGGCGCGCCGAGUUGCUGCUUUGAAACAGCAGCUGCUGCAGCAACCGCAGCAGCCGCUGAUCCGUCCGCAGCAGCUGGAAGCGGCGGCAGCAGCAGAAGCAGCUCGACUUGCUGCGCUAGAACCCGACAGUGAGCGCCGCCCGCUGCCUGGCUUGCAAGGAUUCUUGGGGCCGCAGGGGCCUCAGCAACUCCCAGAUGAUAACAGCACUGCUGCUGCUGCAUCGGCAACAAGUGUUGCUGUAAAUGCUCCAGCAGCCCCAGCAGAUGGAUCUAGCGAUGGGGGAGAAGGAUGCGGAGAGGAAGAAGCAAAGCAAGGGAAGGACAGCGAGACAGAGGCAAGGACAGAAGCAGUACGAGAAGGGGACGCUGGCUCAGACACCCAACCACUGUCUAACUCAACAGACGAAGAGACUAAAGGGCACCCUCAAGAGUAG